AUGUUUCACACCUUCGGUAGCACGGACCCACCGGCUUCACAUUUAUCGCCACAGGUCGCAAGACCGAUCUCCCGCAGAGUCAACAAGUCAUGUUCGGAGUGUACACGGAGAAAGGUCAAGUGUGAUGGCCGUGUUCCCUGUACUAGCUGCCAGUACUACAAAACUUCGGAGAGUUGCGUCUACAGGCAACGGACCAAGAGACAAGCUGUCAGCAAGAGGGCAUUCAGUACAUUGGAGCAGGUGACCGAGCAAAUGCAGGUACAACAACGCAUUCUCAAUACAUUGUUCCCGCAUAAUUCACCCGAGGACCUGGUUGGGAGAUCAAGAACAGAACUUCUUCAGCUCUUGUCGACUGCUUCGCCAUCCGAUACUUCGGUUUGCAAUAUUUCACCUGAGCCAUUGAGGCCUUCACCUCAAUACUUUUUAUCAGGCACAGGUGGCACAGACGUGUCUGAUGGUUCAACUCAAGCAUCCGAGGCUGGCGAUACUGUUCAAGAGAGAAGAUGGGACGAAUCAGCUCAGCAGCCAGCAGAAAUUGGCGCUAGCGAUGACAUCAAUGCCAUCAGUUUGGCUACAGAUCAACACCGCCCCUCAUAUUUAGGCGUCACCUCAAUGAGUGCUGUUAUGGGGGCGUUAUUCCGACUGUGCCCAGCGGCUAAAGCUCGUACGAUAGAAUUCUCGAAAGAAUUGACAAAAGAACAGCAUCCGCCUCACCAGCAAGCUUCAGACCUGAUUUCGGGACCCAACUUACCGGCCCUCAACCAGCUUCGAGAACAGCGCUGCGUCGAGUUCUAUUUCGAACACAUACACGCCAUUACACCCAUUUUGAAUGAAGAAGAGUUUCGAAGAACAUACAUAGGGGGCACCCGGCAAGAUGCUUCAUGGUUGGGACUUCUCAACAUGAUUCUGACGCUUGGGUCCAUUGCCUCUGGCAGUAACACAUUGCACGUGCAAUACUACAAACAAGCGAGGGUUUUCCUCGACCUGGACUCUCUCGGAUCGGGAAACAUGGAAAGUCUCCAGGCUCUGUGCUUACUGGGAGGCUACUACCUGCAUUACCGGAAUUCCCCAAACAUGGCAUAUGCUGUGCUUGGUGCUGCUCAGCGCGUCGCCAUUGCCCUAGGCUUACACCGAGACUCGUCGCGCCGUACUCAUGAUCAAGGAGCCGACACAAAUCAAGAAAAUCUCCUUCGAAUUGAAACGCGGCGGCGGACAUGGUGGAGUCUAUUCUGUCUUGACACUUGGGCCAGCAUGACUCUUGGUCGCCCAACCUGUGGACGAUGGGAUAACACGACAAUGGACACCCAGCCCCCAAGCCUCCUUUCACCUGAUGAUCAUUGUGCCAUCUCUUUAAGGUCGAGCUGUCAGUUCUGCCACAUUUGCAACCGCAUUCAGCAUAGAUUUGCGCAGCUACGAAGGAUGUCUGCCAUUGAAGCUCUUGCUUUCGACCAAGAGCUUCGGGACUGGCUGUAUGGUACCACUUCUUUCGAUCGCCAUGGAGACGGCAUGGAGGCCGGGCUUGUACCCCGAAAAGGUGGACCGAUGGUCUGCAAGCCUGACAAAGGCUUUGGACAUAUUCAACGACAUGAAGCCGUGGAUGAGGGGAUCGGAUCGAGCAGCCCACAUGGUGGCUACCCUCUUUCAGGCUGUCACGGUGACGGUCGAGAAUCAGGUUCACCCAUCAACCAGUCCGGAAGGGGCCUGGGAGUUACCAGGCUGGUGCGAUGA